GGCGGCGGGACGCGGCGGAGCUGCCUCUCGCCAUGGGCUGUUGGUGCCGGGCCCGUGACCCGCCGGCCGCAAGGCUGUGCCUGGCCGGACUGCGGAUGCUACUCGCCCACGCCUUGCUGCUGUCCACCGCCGGGAGCACCGCGAGUGACGCCUCCGUGAAUCCCUGUUGCUAUUUCCCCUGCCAGCACCAAGGAGUCUGUGUGAGAGUUGGCCUGGAGGGGUACGAGUGUGACUGUACACGGACAGGAUACUUCGGGGACAACUGCACCGCCCCUGAAUUCUGGACACGCCUCCACGACUUGCUGAAGCCCAGUCCUGCCUUCUACCAUUUUGUUCUGACCAAUUUCAAGUGGUUGUGGGACAUUAUCAACAGCACCUUCAUCCGGGACACACUCAUGAGGCUCGUGCUCACAGUUCGUGCCAAUCUCAUCCCCAGCCCCCCCACCUUUAACUCUGACUAUGGCUACAUCAGCUGGGAGGGUUAUGCCAACGUUAGCUACUUCACCCGCGUCCUCCCGCCCGUGCCGGACAACUGCCCCACGCCCAUGGGAACCAAAGGGAAGCCGCAGCUCCCUGACCCCCAGCUCCUGGCAGAGAGGUUCUUACUGCGGCAGGAGUUCAAGGCUGAUCCCCGAGGCACCAACCUGAUGUUUGCCUUCUUCGCUCAGCACUUCACCCACCAGUUCUUCAAGACGUCUGGGAAGAUGGGCCGUGGCUUUACCAAGGCGCUGGGGCAUGGGGUGGAUCUCGGGCACGUGUAUGGGGACAACCUGCAGCGGCAGCACCAGCUGCGCCUCUUCAGAGAUGGGAAGCUGAAAUUCCAGGUGGUGGAUGGAGAGGUGUACCCUCCCACAGUCGCUGAUGCUCCAGUUCACAUGAUCUAUCCAUCUGCCACCCCCAAGGAGAAGCAGCUGGCAAUGGGACAGGAAGUGUUUGGGCUGCUGCCAGGGCUCUCCAUGUAUGCCACGCUCUGGCUGCGUGAGCACAACCGCGUGUGUGACAUCCUGAAACAGGAGCAUCCCACCUGGAGUGACGAGCAGCUCUUCCAGACAGCUCGUCUCAUCCUCAUUGGGGAGACCAUUAAGAUUGUCAUUGAAGACUAUGUCCAGCACCUCAGUGGGUACUACCUGAGCCUCAAGUUUGACCCUGAGCUGCUAUUUGGGAAGCAGUUCCAGUACCGGAAUCGCAUCGCUGUGGAGUUCAACCAGCUCUAUCACUGGCACGGGCUGAUGCCUGACUCCUUCAUCAUCCAGGAGAAAGAGUACAGCUAUGAGCAGUUCCUCUACAACACCUCCAUGCUCCUGGACUAUGGUGUGGAGGCACUGGUGGAAUCCUUUUCCAAGCAGAUUGCAGGAAGGAUUGGUGGGGGACAAAACAUCAAUGCAAAUGUCUUGAAAGUGGCCAUUGGGGUCAUCAAGGAAUCGAGGCAGCUGAGGCUGCAGCCAUUCAAUGAGUAUCGGAAGAGGUUUGGCAUGGAGCCCUACAAGUCGUUUCAGGAGCUAACAGGGAGCAGCGAGGACUUGGGGACCUGCCCACCCCUGCGCUGGUCAGGAGCAGGACAGAAGACGAUCCCAUUCUGGGUGUCCUUCACACCAGCCCACGAGGAGAGGCCGGUAUCAACUCUGUGAGAAGCUUGAGUGCUGCAGGAGUGCGGCUGCCACCACUGUCCUCAGCAGACCCAAUUCUCUUGCUAGUGACUGUCUUGCACUAAGCCAGCUUUGGGGUUCUUGAGGGGACACACAUCCACCUCCCUGGAAUGCUCUGCACUCACCUGUUCUUUAUUACCCUCCACUCCCUGCUGCUUUCCAGCGCCAGACCAUCAGCCACCCCACUUCCACAGGACUUUCCAGCUCAGCACAGUGGAUGAGCAGUGGAUGAGCUUGCAGCAGGAACCUGUACUGAUAUGCUCCUCCUGCAGCUGCUCAAGACCAUCCAUCCCAGCCUGCCUAGUGCAUGGACGUGGCUGAGACACAGCCAAGAAGGAGGAACCAAAGCAAUGUCUCCGUAUGAGGAGACAUGGGGAGAAGCUUCAGAUCACACUUCCCAGACCUCCUCCAUCUCCAACCUGCUGUCUUGGCCCUCUGUGUACCAUCAGCUGCUCACAAUGGGCUGCUCAGAGCAAGAUGCUGCUUCCAUGCAAACACAGCAAUGAAGACCCUUCUGUCUUAAUUUCUUCCCUGCAUUAAUAGCUCAGCAAAAGGCAUCCCCAAGGGCCUGCUUCUGUCCUGCUCCAGAAACGCAUGCAGAUGUCAGCUCUUACUGACAUGAUGACACGGUCAGUGGCAGUGGCUGUCACAGCCUUGGUCCCCAUCACAUCCCAGUUCACCAUCAGGAAAGCAGCUGUUUCAAAAAAUAAAUGAUUUUUACAACUCCUCUCA